GAGAGAGAGAGAGAGAGCGAGCCUCGCGCUUUAAUGUGAGCAGGGAAACUCGUCCUCGCGCCCGGGUUUAGUGACGUGGCGGUUGGGGGGUAAAUUGAGAGGCACUGCGGUGUUGGAAAUGACACACAGCGCGUUUGUCACUCUGUUCCAGUGUCUCUGUUUAAUGUCUUCAGUCUGAUCUGAUUCCACUUAAGCGCUCGCUCAGACUAACGCUACCUGAGGAAGCAGGAGGGACAGGAGAGAGUUGGGCUAAAGAGCACAGAGGCAGCAGGACGAGUGGAAUAUUUCACAACUUCAUCAUGGAUGGAUUAAGCGCAACGUGUUGAGUCCAUCAUUUGGCGGGUUCUAGUUGGUCACAGAUGGGUGUGGAAAUGUCGUGGCUGCUGUGGGUGUGGAUCAGUGUGACCGUCAUGUUGGUGUGUGAUGCCACCUUCUAUGAGACCAUACACCAGCACCUGGCACCACCUGGGACCAACAUCCAGAUCCUUGAAGGAGGGACAUGUGAGGUGAUUGCUGCACACAGAUGCUGUAACAAAAACAAGAUCGAGGAGCGAUCACAGACAGUCAAGUGUUCCUGUUUACCGGGGAAAGUAGCAGGAACCACGAGGAAUAAACCCUCCUGUGUGGACGCCUCUAUAGUGGUGGGGAAAUGGUGGUGUGAGAUGGAACCAUGUCUGGAGGGAGAAGAGUGCAAGACUUUGCCAGACAACUCGGGCUGGAUGUGCUACUCUGGGAACAAGAUCAAAACCACCAGGAACACCCAUCCCUAUACAUCAUUGUAGCAGUGGGAGCUGUUCAGUGCAGAACAAAGGAGUACAACAGGACAACAGUUAAAUAAACUACUCCAAUGGAAGGAAGCUGGUGAACUUGAUGUUAAAUUUCAGGCGGCUAUUUCAUUCUUCGACUUUCUACCCAAUAAUGUGACCAUCGUCUGACUGAGGAAGUCUAUGGACAUUUUUUCAUUCAUGAUUUGACCAUUGUUUCUGCUCAUUUUGGUUUGCGCUGUAAAUCCUUGGUAAUCUGAGACUUUACCCUGUUUGUUGCAGUUUGCCCAAAAUAUAGUCUUCAUUCAUGACAUCCUGGUGAUCCUUGUUUCCAGAAAUGACUGAGCUAACAAACUCACCUACAGUGGUUGAUUUACGGCAUGUCUUUACGGAAGGAAGAAGACUUUUCAUAAGAACAAGUGGGUAAAGCCUCGUCAGGUAUCAUUGAGGAGCUCACUGCAUUUCUCCUGCAACUAAAAUGGACUAUUAAGGACAUGUGUAACAUAAAACUGAUCCUAUAAUUGUUCGCAGACUCAUCAUCAUCGUUUAACCACAGAUAUCUGACAUCAUUAUGUGGUUAAGCAAAACACAAGAUGAAAUGGCAUAUAAAAAAUAAUGUUUGAGUUGUGGUCAAUUAAACUGUAACUCUGAAACCACAGUUAACUGUGAUUUCGAAAGCACAAUAAUGUAAAGUGUUUUGAAAAGAUGAACACAUUAUCCACCAUGUGCUAGUGAAGCUCUAGUCCACCUCUAGCUGAUUUUCCCUGUUUCUGGUUCAUUAAACUAAUGAUAAAUUAAUAGAGCAUCAUUGAGAGGACUCCAGUGUGAAAGCUAUGAGACAUAUUAUCAAAGCCAAUGAGGUCUGAUCGAAACCUGCUGCUGCAUGCAGAUAUAACAAAGCAUGGAGUUUAAAUACUCAGAGUCAGAUUUAUAUUCAGCUAUCUGGAGUUUUUGCCUUCAUUAAACAGGUAGUAAAAUGUGGAAUUUUAAGAUAUGCCCUGUGUUAGAGUCCUGAAAGGUUCUGAAUGCUACUUCAGAGAAAAUCAAUUUAAAUAGAGGUGAUAGUCUUUUGAGAGCCUGAAUGAACACAAAAAAAAAGUUACUUUUAUGUUAUGGGUUUGUUUUUUCUAGCCAACCACAUGGCACCAGUAAAAUGUCCAGUGAAACUCGACAUACAACAUAAAAUCUGUGGGAGGAUGUAACCUGUAUAAGAUACAGUAUACAUGAAUACAAAACCCAUAACUGGUGAAAAUGCAAAGAAAAAGGAGUAAACAGUCAAAUUUGGAACUUUUCCAAUACUCAAACUGUAAUUCAAGGUAAUUGUCAAUAUUACUGAUGAAUACUAAAAGUACAUUUCAAGGGAAAAUUGACUGCAGUGCAAUCACUCUAUUAAAUUAAAUCCUCCUUUUUCCUACAGUGUUCCUUUAGCCCUGAUUGGUAAAAAAUAAGCUGGUAAAAUUCAAUAAAACCAGAUGGCCAGUUAUUUGAUUGUGUCUACAGGUGGAAGCAUACAGCUGGAACUGGAGGACGUCAUGAAAAACUCCUGGGAUAUUCUCCUGAUGUCAAAUUAAUGCCAGUGUGGAUAUAUUUGUGGAUUAUAUUAUAUAUAAAUCUAUUGAUUUACACUGUUUCACUUUGGAGGUCCUAAAUGUAAGCCAUGUCUUCAAGGAUGUCUUCAACAACAAAAAAUCACAGUGGGGGUGAAUUAACAUUUAAAAAGAUCUAAUAUUUAUUUAUAGAAACAUAUUACCUUGCCUUCUCCACGUUGUUAAUUAUACCCCUGUUAAUUGAUUGGUGCAAUUUAAAAAUACAUGUACACUCCAGGGCAAAAAAAUGGGCCAAGCCAAAAAUGGCAAAAUAUGAAGCUUUUAAUGGUCUUAGCAACAAAUCAUUGGUCAGAAAUUUAGCACAAAUUAAACAAAAAGAUAAGGUAAGUUAGUAUGGGAUAGCUUUUCCCUUGUUUAAGCCUUGUAGGUAAACUUGCAGAUAGUUUUGAAAAAUAUAUCUUUAUUAUAAAAUUUUAUUUUUGUAUUUGAUUUAUACUGUAUUUUAAUUUUGUACACCCAGACAUAUGUUAGUUUGAAUUUUACAGCAACUAUUUGAAUCAUUAUCCUGAUUUUACCUUUGUGUACAAGAAGAAGUAUAAAUGAAUUUCCUUGUUUCUAGCUUUUCCCCCAAACAGUUCAAUGCAGCAAAAGUAAAUGAGCAAAUGGUGGCACAGGAGUGCAUUUGUUUAAUUCUUGCUUAAUUGUAUGACCAGUGAUUUGUUUUUAAGACCAUUAAAAGCUUCAUAUUUUGCCAUUUGAGGGUUUAGCCUUUUUUUAAAAAAAAAAAAAAACAACAACAACCUUUUUUUUUGCCCAGGAGUGUAGAUCAUUUGCUUUACUCUAUUUGUAAAUGUAUUUACAGAACCAUGAUAUUGGAACACAAUCAGAUUUUGUAAUCAGGAAAGCAAUUUUAAUCAGUGGCCCCUAUUUAUAUGGUACAAAUACAUGGUGCAUGCACAAAAAUAAGGCAUACGAUUGCACUAUUAUAUAGCCCCUGUAUUUUAGUGAGCAUUGGCGGGAUUUGAUACAGACUUGGAGGUUGGGUUUGAAUAUACACUAUAUGUCCAAAAGUAUUUGAACACCUGAGUAUUCAACAUCCCAUUCUAAAAACAUGGACAUUAAUAUUGAGUUGUUUCCCCUUUGCGUCCUCCACUCUUCUGGGAAAGAUUUCCACUAUAUUUUAGAGCGUAGCUGUGGGGCUUUGUGCUCAUUCAGCCACAAGAGCACAAGAGGGCACUGAUGUCUGUCAAGAAGGCUUGGUAUGAAGUUGUUGUUCCAGUUCAUCCCAAAGGUGUUCAGUGGUGUUGAGGUCAGGGCUCUGUACAGAGUCCUUUUGUACCAAGCUUGGCAAACCAUGUCGCUUUGUGCACAGGGGAAUUGCCAUUCUGAAACAGGUUUGGGCCCCUUAGUUCUAGUGAAAGGAAAUGUUGACUGUACAGCAUUCAAAGACAUUCUAGACAAUUGUGUGCUUCCAAAUUUGUGGCAACAGUCUGGAAAAGGCCUACAUAUAGGCAUUAUGGUCAGGUGUCCACAUACUUUUUGCAAUAUAAUUGUAUUAUUAAGAAGUGUGGUUUGAUGUGUUGCAGUGACGUUUAGAUUAGAUGUGAUUUCUCUUAGAGACUUCAGGUUGAUAUUUUAGUGAUAUGAAUACCUCGCUGGUUGAGAGAACUUACAGCAAAUGCUUUGUCAUCACUGUCGUGUUUAAACUGUAUAUCAGUGCUUAGUGGUAGUGUCACGAACAAGCCAACUGUCCAAAAUUCAAAAGCAUAAACAAGAAAAAGCCCAUGUGCUUUUUUUUCUUUUCUUUUUUUUUUUUUUUUUGUUAAUUUGCUAUUUGAUUUUUAGCUUUCAUUCAAUGUAAUAAAAAAAAUGCUGUUUUACCACUCAGAACCUGGCAGGCAGUAAUCCCACUGCACACACCCUGUUCCACAUAAGUGCAUGUGCAUUUAUUUCUGAGUAUUAAAAUAUCAACUCAUU